AAAGGUUGUGACAACAGCAGGCAUGACUGAGAAGAAACUGAGGCAGACACAAUGAGAGAAAUGAAGAGACGGGUUUGCUGCCACAUACACACUCCGUUCUUCAGCAGUUAAACAUGUUUACUGUAUUCAAGAACUAGCAAAGCUUGCAGGCUUGCAGUGGAGUCAGAUAUCGUGUCAUCUGCUGUGCUUACAGACAGUGCACUUUGCCAAAAGCAUUGACUGAGACAAGCUGGGCCCUGACCUAAGCAGGUUCUGUCACCAUGGAGGAGAGGGAGCGGCAGUGUAACAGAGAGGAAAGAGCUGAUGUUGAAUCCCCCACAGGACAGUCAGUCACGGCAGGAGAACCAGGCACAGAGUCCACAUGGACGAAUGGUGAGUGUGUGGCGUCUGUGUCCACAUCCACUUGGUUCACUCCCACCUUUGACUUCUCACACUGCAGGACUCUUCUGGAAACCAAAGGCUUCCUGAUUCCAGCAGAAGACUUUGAGAGUCCACUUGGUUUAGCGCUGGACCACCCGUCCGUCAGAAGAUACCUGCUUUUCAACUCAAACAUUUUUAAUGUCAUCAUGGCACCCGUCUUGUAUUUGGUGCUGUGGUGCGCUGUGUACUCGACCAUUCACAUGUACCUCGAUGGCAGCACGGAGGGCUUCUGGGUGCUCUGUGUGUGUGUCAGUCUGGUGUCCGUGAUCCUCACCAUCGCCAUCAACCUCAUCUUCCACUACAGCAACAAAGAGAUCAACAUGAACACAGACGUGCGGUUGGUGGGGGUUAAUGAGCACAUGGCCAGACACAAGCUGCUGUUGGGAGUGGCUGACUGGGUCCAGAAAUGCAGAGCAAACAUGCAGCUCUUCUGCAUGUACUGGGACAUGUCCCCAUGUCUGAUAUCUCUGACUGAAGCGCUGGACAACAUGGGUUUUGUCAGGGAUCAAGUACAGAACAGACUCAAGAAAAGAAUGUCCCACCUAGUCCUAGUGACGGAGGUCACGACCCUGGCCCCCGAGGCUGGAGAACAGGACGAGGAGCUCCCAGAAGAAGAGCGGCCGCUGCUGGAGGGACGAGAGCCAAGCGCAUCGACUAGUCAACGAGAAGACUCUAAACUGACCAAAAACUUCAGCCUGAUGCCUGACACCACUCUCACUAAUAAGGCGAUUGCUCGGCAGCUCCUGAUGACCUACAGUGCACUUUAUGUCAGACUGCUGGUAUCAAACAAGCUUCCUGCUCCUCCCCAGCGGUCUACACGUGCAGGGAAGAAUCAUUCCACUUCCUGUCUGUGUCUGUGUGAGUACGUGGAGCUGAAGGUCCUGCGGUAGACGGACUAUCAUGACGAUCAAAUCUCACAUUCAAAAGUAUUAGUCUUCCCUUUCUCUGGGACGAAUGUUUUCGCUGUCAGUUAUGAUAAUCAAAGACUGUUCCUGCUGCUCUUGAAACUGUUAUGAUUUCAUCGGUGUACUGAAAUAUAUAUAUUUUUGGGUUUCCUGACUUGUGGUUCUCUAUUUAUACCAUUUGCUCUUCAUGUGUGAAAGAAUGAAGUGACAGUUCACAGUCCUUGUAUUAACCAGACAAACUGCUCCGAAAUCUUGCUCUACAUAGCUGUGUUUGUUUAUUUAUUUUUUAUAUUCAAGACUUGAUCUUCAUGAGAUGCUGAUUACACAGUCUCAACCAGGAACAAAGCAACAAGUGAUAAAAAGUAUUAACCUCAACAUUUAUCAACAGAAUGAUUAAAGGACUUGAGAUCAUAGGUACCUUUGUACAACAAUUUGUAGUUAUAAAGUUAUUAUAGUUUUUGUUAAAAUUGGUUUGGUACUAUUUUCAUAAGCAAAUGGUACAUAUUCCAAACUUCUUAGUACUAAUCUCACAACAAAUCAUCAAAAGUGCACUUUUUUCAAACAUUUUCGCAUAAUUUCAGUCAUGUUAGUACAAUCAUAAAAAUAAAAACAUUUUACUACACAAAAUAAGUGUUUCAUCUAUAUAAAUGUUUCAUUCACAGUAACUGUCUUUCAUAAAGUUUUUAUGAUCAAAUCUUUUAUUUGCAUGACUUCUCAUUCUUUGUCUAUUAUUUAAUCUAACUCAUCUUAAUUUUUAAUCAGUAAAUAAUUUGGUGUAUCUACAGAUACACAUUUAAUAGAUAUAUAUAGUUUCUACAGAGCAUGAUCGCUUUUUAUGGAAAACCAAAUGCAAUGAAUUAUUUUUUACACUAAAAGUGAUUUAUCUAAGAUGAUGACAACUAUUUUGCAAGGGUGUGUGGUUCAGGUGAACCCUAUUUUAUGGAGACAAAAUUUCCCAACAAAGAAGGCAAUAUCUGGAAUCAUUGUCCUUUUUUGGGUCCAAUGAGAAUUUGUGUAUGUUUAGGAGCAGUGUUAGUGUAGGGGGGAUACAGUAUAAAACUCAUUACUCCUAUGGGAUGUCACCAAUGAUAGGAAAACCUGUGUGUGUGUGUUUGUGUAUGUGUGUGUGUGUGUGUUUGUGCCUACUUACUGUAAUCAUAUUUUGGGAACAAACUGGUACCCAGAAAUAAGCAAAAUCACCAAAUCACGGACGUCCUCAUUUGUUAAACCAUGUGUUUUGCUCUUUAUGAACAUACAGCAGGACACAAGAGAGAGGAACUGAUCAGAGCUGUAUCAGAAGAAGGGAGAUAACAUUUUACAUUAUGCCACGUGAUACUGUAUAUAGAAGCAUUACCAUGGUAAAGACUGUACAUUACUGAAACUCACGCUUCAUCUGAAAAUUCUAAUGAAUCUAGAAUAUAGAUGGAGUCAUCUGACACAGUGAGGACAUUUACUGCAGUGACAGUAAACUCUGUUCUAGCACAAAACCUCAUGGCAUUGUAAUACAUUCAUCACAUCUUUUGAUGACAUUAUUAUGGAUUUAUGUGAAAUAAUCAAGUUAGGAAAUGUACUUUUUGCAUUGUUUGCUUGAAUGAACUGAUUGUUAAAAAUACUAACUUGAAAGAAGCUCGUACUGUUGUGUUUUGGUGAUUAAACCAAAUGUUCUCAAUACAUAUCACGAUGAUCUUGUGUUCUGAAACAAUGAUUAUGUAGAAGAAAAUAUGUACAACUACAAAGAAAUCAUGAGAUCAGGGUUUUGAAAGAAUGACUAGUUGUGUUAUAAGUGUGAUCAGUUUAAAGUUUUGUACUAAGACUUUUGAAAAUGUACACCUUACUUGUGAAAAUAGUACCAAACCAAUGUAAA